CUUGUCUUUCGCCAUCAUCUUGUUUGCUUCCGCGGGGUUGUUACCUGCUCACACGAUUUUGUUUUCUGCUGUCAUCACUGCUCAAGUCUUGUCCUCCGCCAACACCGCUAUCCGGCGCGCCAUCCCGCUGAAAACUGACUGAUAUGUCGCCGACCGCACUGAAGCACACCGACCUGGGUGAGAUCGAGUGGAUCCACGCCCGAUUGAGAGCUACGUUCGAUUCCGGGAAGACUCUGCCUCUGGCAUAUCGCAGGCAGCAGCUCUUGCAGCUUGCGCGUCUUGUCCAAGACAACGCCCAAGCCAUGCAAGAAGCCAUCUACCAAGACUACCGGAAGCAGCCGCUUGAGGUCGCGCUGGGUGAUACUACCCCCAUCGUCCCGGCCGCCCUCCGCGCGGCCGAGAAGCUCGAAGAGUGGUCCAAGCCCGAGAAGCCCGAGGUAGAAGAGUGGCGCAGCUCGUGGGAUACGACGAUCUACAAGGUGCCUAAGGGAGUCGCUGUUAUCAUUUCACCCUGGAACUUCCCCUACAUCCUCUCCUUUGGCCCGCUCGUGGGCGCCAUCGCUGCCGGGUGCCCGGCCAUACUGAAGCCCUCCGAGCACACGCCGAGCGUCGCCGCCCUCUUCGCGAAAUUGGUGCCCGAGUAUCUGGACCCGGACGCAUAUGCGGUAAUUAAUGGGGCGGUCGCGGAGACGGCAAGGUUGCUGGAGCUGAAGUUCGACCAUAUUUUCUUUACCGGGUCGACGAACGUCGGACGCAUUGUGGCCGCCGCUGCUGCGAAGCAACUGACUCCCACGACGUUGGAACUCGGAGGAAAGUCGCCAGUGUUCGUAGACGCUGAGAACACCGACAUCGAACUCGCCGCUAAGCGCGCCCUCUGGGGUCGUCAGAUCAACUCUGGACAGGUUUGCGUCUCCCCCGACUACAUCCUCGUGCCCCGCUCGCACCAAGACGCCUUCGUCGCCGCCAUUCGGAAGGCGUACAAGCAGUUCUACCCCGACGGCGCGCUCGACCCAUCUGCGACACUGACGGCGGUGCACCCGAGUGCUCACGAGCGCGUGAAGGGACUAAUUGCGAGGACGAAGGGGGAGAUCGUGCUUGGAGGAAAGGAGAACGGGGGGAGGAUCGAGCCGACGGUGGUGAAGAACGUCGAUGCCAAGGAUGCGCUCAUGGAGGGAGAAAUCUUUGCGCCCAUCAUGCCUAUUGUUCCGGUCGACAAUGUUGAUGAGGCGAUCAGGAUUAUCAGGUCGUACAGUACGCCCCUCGUCAUCCACGUCUUCACCGAAAGCGCGGAGACGAAGGACAAAUUUCUCUACGGCACACGCAGCGGCACUCUUGUCCUCAACGACACCUUCAUGGAACUCGGCGUACACGAAAUGCCCUUCGGCGGUCUGGGCGACUCUGGGUUUGGCUCCUUCUCGGGCAAAUAUGGCUUCGACACCUUCACGCACCAAAGGAGCUACAUCAACGUACCGCUCGCCGCCGAACCCUUCCUCGGCCACCGCUACCCGCCGUACACGGAGGAGGGAUACAAGUUCUUUGCGGCGGGCGCGUCGCAGAAGAUCCCGGAUAACUGAGAAUAUCGCAUGGCUACGACGCGGUUAUUGUUCCUCUCUUGAAUAGCUAC